AUACGCUAAAUAUCACAUAAAACAAUUUAUUCGCAAAUACCAAAAAAAAAAAAAUGUAUGCAAAUCAAAGGGGAAAUUACGCAUAAGAGAAAUUUCCCAAACACGUUCGGAAUAUUUCCUCGCACACCUACACAUACAAGCACACACGCGCACACACACGCACGCACAAUGAACAGCCUGCAAGCGGGCGAUGCGUGUGUUGAAUGCCUGAGUCAGGGCUUGAAUCACAAGCUGCGCUACUUUUACCUGAAUCUCGAGGAGCAGCUGCUUAAAUGUGAAUCCCGCAACUGCCUUUGGCCGCACAACGAUGCCGUCUCCACCUCCUCCUCGUCCUCCUCCUGCUCCGAUGUGGCGGAGGGCGAGACGCAAUCACAGUCCACGCAUGUGGAUGAUGAUGAAUUCAUUAAGCAGCUGCUCGAACAGCUGGCAACAGGCAAUGAUUCCACACACUUGGAAACAAGUGACACCAAGCCGAAUGCCGCCGCAUACAGCUGCGAUUCCAAUUUGAUGCCAAACGCGACCAGCAAUGACUGCAGCAUUGAGGAUAUUCUCUCCAUGCCUAAUCACUGGCAAAGUGCGCAGCAGCUGCUCUGCGGUGCAAAUGCGGUCAAUAGUCGUCGAAACACCUUCAAUCUCGAGCAAUGUGAUAAGCUUUCACCUGUUGCAGCAGCCACAAAAGCAACAACAACAACAACGGCACAUUCUAUGCCUGAUUUGCUAACGGAACCUGUUUGCAUAACGGAACUGCUAAGCUCGCCGCCGAAUGCGCCUGCUCCAGCUGCCAGCUCCAAGACCGAACCAGCCUUUGAACUGAGUGCCAAAGCUGGCAACAUUGUCUACACGAUCUCCAUACCGCAGUCCAUGCCCAAACCCAAGAGUCCAACUGCAAAGCGGAACAUCUUCCAAAUGGCGCCGAGCAAGGCCUCCACACAGGUGCGCAAACACCAGGAGCAACUGUCGCAGGUUGCGUCCAGCACAGCUGUAACGACGCCCACACAGACCGCGAGUCUGUUUCUGGACGCACUGAAGCGUCCAUCAACGAUGACGCUGGCAACGAGGCGUGCGCCACGCGGCAGGAAUCUCAAGCGUCGCGAAAAUGCGCCCUCUGGCGGCGCACGUUGGCGCAUACAAGAUGUGAAGCAGACGCUGGAGCGCAUCGAGGCGGUCAGCAGGCAGAAGGGGAGCAAAACAGAAAGUGAAUCGGAACUGGAAACGGAGCCGGAACUGGAGCAGGAAGCAAACGCAAAGCAAAUUCAUUGAGCAAAGCGAAAAAAUGAAAAAAGAAUAACAAAUUUGGAAUUUUUGUUGUCUUUCGAAAUAAAUUCGCCCACCAAAAA